CAGAAACUACUUUAGAGGUUAAUGAAAGAAUGAAAACUACUUUAGAUGUCAGCGAAAGAACAGAAACUGCUUUAGAUGUCAGCGAACAAAUAAAAGCUACUUUAGAUAUCAGCAAAGGAAUAAAAACUACUUUAGAGGUCAAUAAAAAAAUAAAAGCUACUUUAGAUGUUAACGAAGGAACAGAAACUACUUUAGAGGUCAAUGAAAGUGUGAAAACUACUUCAGAUGUCAGUGAAAGAAUAAAAGCUACUUUAGAUAUUAGCGAAGAAACAGAAACUACUUUAGAGGUUAAUGAAAGAGUGAAAACUACUUUAGAUGUCAGCGAAAGAAUAGAAACUGCUUUAGAUAUCAGCGAACAAAUAAAAGCUACUUUAGAUAUCAGCAAAGGAAUAAAAACUACUUUAGAGGUCAAUGAAGAAAUAAAAGCUAUUUUAGAUGUUAGCGAAGGAACAGAAACUACUUUAGAGGUCAAUGAAAGUGUGAAAACUACUACAGAUGUCAGCGAAAGAAUAGAAACUGCUUUAGAUGUCAGCAAAAGAAUAAAAGCUACUUUAGAUGUUAGUGAAGAAACAGAAACUACUUUAGAGGUCAAUGAAAAAGUGAAAACUGAUUUAGAUGUCAGCGAAAGAAUAGAAACUGCUUUAGAUGUCAGCGAAAGAAUAAAAGCUGCUUUAGAUGUCAGUGAAGGAACAGAAACUACUUUAGAGAUCAAUGAAAGAGUGAAAACUACUUUAGAUGUCAGUGAAAUAAUAGAAACUGCUUUAGAUGUCAGCGAAAAAGUAAAUUUAGAUGUCACUGAAAGCACAGUGAAUGAGUGCAAUGAUAAAGCUAAUACAUCUAGCAAUAUAAGUGAUAUUAUAGAUUCAAGUUUAAUAUUCAUUUUAAAUAAAGAAUCUUCAAUAUCAGAAAAUAUGUGUGAGUUACUUUUAAUAUUGAUCAACAAACGCAUAGCAACGCAAAUAAUGAAUUGACUGAAAAUAAUUUAAAUGGAAAUUAUAUGAAUAAUAACAAUUUUGUUGUUACUGAAAAUAAAGACUCGCCAAUGCAUAUACAUAACAAUGAAGAAUUAAUAUCAAUUGAUCUACAAGAUAAAGAGAAUAUAAAUCAAAACAUGAUUAAUAUUGGCUCUCCUAUUAUUCAUGCAGAAAUUAAAGACACACAUCAGAAAAUCAGUACGCAUUUUAAUGAUUGUAAUUCAAAGAAAAUAACGCCAAAAAUUACUGAAAAUAUUGUAUGUAAUAAAUCAUAUGCUAUCUUAAAAACAACACCAACAAACAUUGAGAUGGAACGAAAAAGAAUACUUAAAUCUACAACAAGAAAUAAAUAUUCGAAAUUUAAAUUAUCUAAUG